CUGGUCACACUUAAGUAGCACUGCCAAACAAGCGCGAUUUUGUUAUGCGUCUUUUCCAUUACAAACUUUAAUGCAAUAAAUGGAUAUUGUGAAAUAAUUAAAAGUAAUGACGAGCAUACGCAAAAAGAAAAAGCCAAAAUGUGACCCAAAGGCGUCCGAGCAAAUGCGCAACUGGUUAACUAAGCAUAAAAGCACAAACAGUACUCCGCCAGUCACGUUCAGUGUGUUUAGCAAAGUAGUCGAAAACCUUCCGGAUAUCGCAUUCCAGAUACAGUGCACCGAGUUUGCCGCCUCGAACAAAACAUUGGAUGAGUGCGCCCUCUGGUAUUACCAUGCCUUCUACAGUAAUCCCUCGAUACGCACGAAAUACGAAUUCAGACUAAGAUCCUGCCCGUUGCGGGUUAAGGAGAAGCUGCUGCAAGUGCCCUCCGAUGGUUCUACUUCUGAAGCGACCACGAAUCCGACGCGUGGGCUCCACCAUGAAUGGGUUCUCACUGAAGAUGGGGUUGAGGUCAGAGUCAAUAGAUGUGGACGUUUCCUGUUUCCAGUCUCGUUAGCCACGUUUGAGCGUUAUAUCGAUAAGAAGAAAGUGCUUGAUGGCAUUGUGCGAAAGGAGGCCAAGGACAAGGCGCAGCGUGCGGCCAUGUUAGCCAAUGAGGCUAUGUGCCGGAAGCUUUUGCGCAAAUACUAUAACGCAUUCUACAUCUUUCCAAGCAGGCGUCGCCUCGAAAGAUGCAAUUUUGCAAAGGCGCCAGCAGCACUGCGUGAGCAGCUGCUUAAAAUAGGCGUUCCUUUGGAUGAGUUGGCAAAGAAAACGCUGGAGAAAAAGUCACAGCAACAGCAGACCACUGAAGCACCACUGCCCCCAGCCGAUAAUCAACCAAGCAGUUCGUGUAACCCGUCGUCAAUUGUGAGCUUUGGAGUUUUUGAAAAAUUUAUCAUAAAUAUCUAUGAUAUCGUGUGGCGUCUGAAGCUUGACGAGCCCGACUAUGCUUACAAAGGUUUCGAGGAAUGUGCUUAUGAGUAUUACUUGGAUUUCUAUCUAACACCCGGAAUCCGCGAUAAGUACCCGUACGUACUAGCACCCUGUACGACAUCAAUGAAAGACCGUCUGCUCGCAUUGCCAAGCCCAGAAGAUGCUCUGCUGUUGCUGCAAAUGAAAUCAAAUGCAAGUCAGAGCCAAAGCUUAACAGCGUCCACUCCUGUCGAGCCGCAAGUGGAAAUCGUUGACACAAACCAGCCCAGCAUACAAGAUGAAGACAUUGCAAUGGAAUCCGAUGAAAAUCAGCCCGUCGUUCAAGCUCCAGAGAAGAUGCCCACAAAAGGGGAUGAGCAGCCACAGCUUAAAGCACCCGUUUCGUUCCAGAUAUUCAAGCGCUACAUAAGAAAUAUCGAUAGAAUUGUGCAACAGAUGUUGUGUUGCGAUAGGUACACGGGCAAAACUGAAGAUGAGUGCGCACUGGAGUACUACAACAUGUUCUAUACCAAUCCGACAAUUCGCGAGCAAUUUCCGUUCCAGCUCAAACCAUGUCCGGCCAGGAUACGUGAUAAAUUGCUGACUCUGCCAGCUAAAGUCGCCAUUUCGGCGGACAAAGUCACGGACAAUAGACACAGCAACGAGGUCAAUUUACCAUUGAAUUCGGACCGCAAACUGGUUACACUUUCGGGCAUAACGUAUGAGUUCACGGUUUCUUUUGAAACAUUCGUGCGAUAUAUUAACUACGAGGAUCUUAAGGCGCAGCUGGACAAGACAUACGAGGAGAAAAAGGGAAAAAGUGGCGACAAGCCAAACGAUGAGCAAACAAUGCAACGCUUCUACUAUUUGUUUUAUACAGACGAAAGAGUCCGAAAAGCAUUUAAAUUCAAUUUCAAUGCAGCUCCCGCUACGCUAAGAGAAACAUUAUUGAAGAUGGCAACACCAAUUGCCAGCAAGGAGCAACAGUCGCCGAGCAAAGUGCCGAACGAAGAAGCCACGCCAAUUACCGUGGAGGAGAGGAAAGAAGGGGAGCAGGACGUGCCUACCAUGCAGCCAACGACCAGUAAAUGUGAAACCACAGAAAUCUUCAGUUUCGAUGUGGUUGAGGAUCUGGGAAAAGCCGGCCGGUUUAAGUUUCCCGUCGCCUUUGAAACAUUUAUGCGUUCCAUUAACUACAAGGAGCUCAUCAGGCCAUUGCUCAUACGCGUCAUACAGGACGAGGCGCAGAUGGCUGCUAUAGUAGAAAAUCCGAUGCAUCCUCAGUACCAGAAGAUAUUGAGAAGAUAUUAUCACUCGUUCUAUGUGCGCCCGAACAUUCGCAGCGUUUAUGAUUAUCGAUUUGGGAAUGUAAGUGCGGAGCUCUUGCAGAAAUUGUUGGCUUACGCUGUGCCUUUGGAUGAGAAUGCCAAUAAAGAGAUGGCCGAAGCCGCAAACGAACUUGCGUCAGAUGACAAAAUGAAAGCCCAGCAGGAGCAGGAUAAUGAACUAGUCAAAACGUUUCCCGUAACAUUUAAAUUAUUCAAACGUUGCAUCAAAAAUCUCGACGAGAUUGUCGAACAAAUGUUGUGUUGCGAGCAGUAUAAGGACAAAUCUAAGGAUGAGUGCGCCUUUGAAUAUUUUAAAGCUUUUUAUACGGACGCGCAGAUACGUAAAAAGUUUGAAUACACAAUAAAACCGUGUCCGGCAAAGCUGCGUGACAAACUCCUUACGUUGCCAGCUGGUAGUUCUCCGGCUCAGCUUGACUUAGUAGAACCGGAGCCAGAUGAACCCGAGCUAGCUGAACCCGAGUCAUGUGAAAUCGCGCCGGAACCCAGUGCACAGGAGUCUGAGCCAGGGCAGGAAGAGUCUCCGGUUGAAGUGGUUGAACCAAUGCCGGAUAUACUCGACGUAAACUGCAACUCGGAUCAAAGCAACAAUAACAACAUUUUAGUGCAAAGCGAAAGGGUUUUGAUAACCUUACAAGACAACACCUAUGAAUUUCCUGUUUCAGUGCAAACAUUUAAGCGCUACAUUAACUAUGACACGGUCAGGAUUGAGCUAGCCAAUGCCUACACGAAAUGUAAACAGAAAGUGGACAAAAUACUAAGUGACGAUCGUUAUGAUCUGAUAUUACUGCGCCGUUUUUAUCACUCAUUCUACGUCGAUGCGCGUUCUCGUAAAUUGUGUAACUACAAUUUCGAUGCCGCGCCAGCCGAGAUGCAAAAUAUACUGCUGCAGUUUGCUGUGCCCUGUCCCAAAGCCCUUUCAAUACCCUCACCGUUGCCGUCGCUUUCGACGCCAGCGAGUGCUGCCAUUGCUGAAGAAAAGAACUCAGGAGAAGAAAUCACCGUAAACACCGACGCAGAGCGACUUGACGAACAAGUAAUGGAACAGGAGGCACUGCCACAGCGGCAACACAAGGCUGCAAUUAGAUAUCCCAUCUCAUAUAAUAUUUUCUCGAACAUAUUAAAAUUGGAUGAGGUUGUCCAGCAAAUGCAACAGGAAGCUCAAUAUGCUAACGCUUCCGCCAAUGAGUGUAAGCUCGCAUACUACGAGGCUUUCUAUCGCAAUCCGGAGAUACGUCAAAAAUAUAAGUGCACUCUGAAGGCCUGUCCGGCACUUCUAAGAGAAAAACUGCUUCAACUACCAGAAGAGGAACCAAUUCCCGAACAAAGGUCAACAUGCGAGAAUAGUGCGCAGGGUAUUCAAAGUGUGGCUGCUCUGUAUGCGGCAAGAAAAGCAGAGCUUGAACGAAUGGAUAAGUCAAAUGUGGUUCAGUACACGCCACACAAUCUGGCGACCUAUAUAGCGAUUCGAACGCAAUGCCCGAAAAAGCGCGCACUGUUGGAGCAACAUUUUAUUGGCAGGAAAAGAUUGAAGCAAAGGAACAAGGAACAACAAGAAACCGCAGCGCCAACCACUGACGGCACAGGAGCAGCAACCGUUGAGCAACCCGCUCACAGGGUUAGGGCAUCAGCAACUAUGGAGCAAAGCACUGAGGCGGCAGCAAAAACUCAAUGUUCGACUGAAGUUGCAAUGAAAGAUGUGGAAUCAGUCUCAAUGAGGAAUUCGAGCACAGCAAUAACAACAACAACAACAACUUUAAUUGCAAAACCAACAGAAAGAUUAACAACACAAAUAGUAGACAAGCCUGCAGCCCCCGAAAAGGUUGCCUUGACAAGCACUGUGGCAACAACGCCAGCGGAAACCUUGGAAGGUCCAGUUACCAACACACCAGCAGCAACAACAGUAAGCACGUUGACAUCAACAACUGCCUCGAUGUGUGCACCCACAACUGUGAGAAUCGUCAGCAAUACAGCUUCUAGUCAACCAAAAGGUGCGGAAACACCGUCUGAGAAUAGUUCCAGUUCAUCCAAUAUGGCGAAAUCGGGAGCUGUACUCAAAAAAGCAACAGCAUCAAUUGCAAUUCCAGCGGAAAGAGCUGUGGCAACUGGUCUAGGCAAUAUGCAAAUUACCUUGCCAGCCACAACAGAGAUCCCUGCCUCUGCGGUAAAGGCAGCCGAAGAGUUUUUUGCAGAGAGCAGCAAGGAGAACAACAUUAAGUACUUGCUAUGCACUAGCCAUGGCGUAAAGAAAACGAUUUGGCGCAUACUCUCGCAGCUAAGCUACCCGGAGUUCAAGACAUAUACGAGCAUAUAUAAGGGUGCGUCGUUAUAUAAGGAUGAAAGUAUAUUGAGUCGAUGCUAUUACCAUGUGCUGGGCAAGGGCAACUGGCCGGGUAAUUUGCAUCUGAAGCUGCAAAUGUUGCCCCAACUGUUGCACAGUAAAGGCGUUCAACUGAACGCCUUUGAUUUGGGUCAACUGUCGCCCAAGAUGCUGCACUACAUGGAACUACUCCGGUUCAGCAACUUGGACGAAAUCGUUGAACGGAACUUUCACGCACGCACCGGCCACGAUAUCGAAGAUAUGCAGGAACUGUGCACUGAGAUUAGAAAGUUCUACAAGCUGUGCUGGACACACGAUCAGUGGUUGUAUCAAGUGCCACAGGUGAGAGAGGAGUUAGCGCAGUCAAUCGCUAGGUUGGACAAAGUACCCAUAGCCGAGCCAAUGGAGGAUUCUGCAUGUCAAUUUUUAGUACCACUUUGCAUGAUUGAGGAAAUGGCUGCCACUACUGUCCCAGAGAACACAGACGAACAGGCAGAAGAGAACAGGAAUAACUUAACAGCGAAACAGAAAGAAGGCAACAGGAAUAGCUUAUCAACUGAUACGCCUGCGACUACUGCUGCGGAUACAUCUAUGCCAGACUUAAAUGAAAACGAAACGCUGCCGCAAUCAGUUUGUCCGUCCACACAACUUGAGUUGUCUCUGCGCCCGCCCUGUUUUGUGGACAUGGAGAAUGUUUUUCCUGCCUCGCAAGUGGCGGAGAGCCAAACUGAUCCACUCAAUCAAAGCAUAUGUCCUGCAGCUGAACCAACUCACAUCAAGGAGGAGCCUAUCAAAUUUCUCAACAUGAUGCGCUUCUCGCUCAACAGCGAUAGCAACCCCAGUUCGGAAUUCAAAUGCGAAAUUAUAGCAACUGAGGAACAAAUCAUAAAUCUGGACGAUGAUAUCGUGGAAGAACGGGAGGCAGCAGAUCUGGCUUGCUUUGAGAUAAACAAUUCAAACGAUUGCAAUGUGCCAUCAUUAUCGCCCGAUUCAAACUUACCUUCAACGUCAGGGGACUCUUUUCAAAAGUUGCUAGCAGAAGUACAACGAUUAGAUGAUGUUUCGCAGGUGCCCUCUGUCAGUAUGUGGGUCCCGAACACACCGGAACCGGUGAUUCCAGCACCUGUUGCGGAAACAGAAAAUCCAAUUACAACAAAUGAAAUCGAGGCAAAACAACCAGAGCCCGGUCCAGUUCUACCAACAGCGGUGCCUCUCAGGCCAGCUCUAGACAAGAAACAGACAGCGGUGUCUAGGAAGAGGCCACGUCUGAUGGCUGACAAUGUGCCACAGCUGCGACACGAGUUUCGGCCUUUGCCAAUAGCAGCUAUGGUCCGCAUCGAGUCGCCAGACCUCUUGAAUGAGGAAAGAUCACCGCAGCGAGAAGUGCCCACGAGUGGCACGAGUCAGGCGCAGCAGUUGGAGAACCAACCGACCAACGAGUUGGAAAACGCAAGGACUGUUUCGCAGGAGCUCGCCACCGACAACACACUCAUGGCAUCCUCUCAGAUGCAACACCUGCUGGAUGCACCAUUCGUUAGUAAGCGCAAGGUAAAUGUAGACGAGGUUAGUGAUAGCAAUAAGAAUGAUAGGGCUAUGAGGGCGCCAGCAGAGAAUAACAAGUGCAUCGUGUUCCGGACCCUGGAGCGUUACAUUUACUUUAGCUCUCUGACAAAAGCUCAAAUAAGCAAGUACCAUAUCAAUAGCCUGGCCGUGGGCAGCCCGUAUCAGCAGGCACUGAUUUGCGUUAACGGACAGCUCUGUAACGUCUACGGGCCGUUGCUGGAGACCUUGUUCUCGCAUUGCACGCCCAGUUUGUUGGCCGAUUUCAAGUACUUGUUACGAGAUAUCGGCGAAUUCAUAUACAACUCUCGAAGACAAUUGCAAACGGAUCCCACUGAGGAUUUACGUACUCGAGUCCUCUGUACAUUUAUGCGAGUAGCGACACCUUUUGCACAGUUCCGCAUUGAGUUCGAGAACGAGACGCGCGAAUGGGCCGUUUGUAGAGUAGUUAAUAAGCAGGAAAUCGAGUCUACUAAAAGAAAGCCCAAGUGUGAUGUUCGCUCUGUCAUACGGCCCGUUAUACUGGAGCGUAUGAAGCAAGUCAAAAGUUUGUUAAAGUAUAAACACUAGCAGUUCUUUUUUUAAAAUAAAUUAUAUUCUUUAUACCCUUGG